CCGAAGAAGAGUUAGUUGUUAGGCUGGUUUAUAAAGGGUGCGUAUGUGUAAAUUUAUCCAAUAUUUGUUGCACAUACUACACAGCUGCAUGCGAUAUUCUGGAUAAUUUGGACUUAUUGAGAGAUCGAUUUAACUCGCACGAUUAACUGUUUUAUAAAUAUAGUGUGGUACAAGACCAGUUUUCGAAACACAGAAACGUCGCGUACCGAAGAAUUCAAUAUGUCGGACUUUCUGCUAUCGCCUGAUGUUGUCGAAGAUUGUGUUGGGCCCGUAAGCCCCGACGACAUGGAUGCUCGCGAAUAUUACAAAUUUGACCCGAAAUUUAACAAUAUAAAGGCGCCCAUGGAAAAUUGUACGGACUCUGGCAUCGGAUCAAUUGGAGAUUCUGCAACUAGAUCUUUUAACGACGAAUUCGGAUCGCAAAUAGACACUGAUAGUUGCGCCACGUCUUUAUCGACUGAGCUUGGUAAUCUAAACAUUUCAUCUAGCAUAAAUAAUAGAACAAUUCAACAAGAUGUACUACGGGGAGUAACUACACUGGCUCAAGUUCAAGAAGAAAGCACAGAAGCACAAAACGUCGUUCAAAUCAAUGCAUUCCUACAAGACGAAGACGGAGACACAGAUCUACAUCUAGCAAUCAUACAUAAUAGAGAAGAUGUUGUGGAUAUAAUUAUAAAGCAAGCACCAUCAUCUGCACAACUUGAUAUCUAUAACAGUCUUCUUCAGACACCUUUGCAUCUAGCUUCAUAUCUAAAGAUGUCUAGAGUUUCUCGAAAACUUGUCAUAGCUGGUGCUACUGUUGAUGCCAGAGAUCGACAUGGGCAAACACCGCUGCAUUUAGCCUGUGAAAAUGGUGAUCUUGAAACAGUUAAAGCCCUAACCAUUCCACCAAACAAUCUGGAGUGUAGACAAAUGCAACGUAGAGGUGUUAGGACACAGAUGCCCCAAGAUUUGGAGCUCCGAAACUAUGAAGGUUUAACUUGCGUUCAUUUGGCAGCAUCUGGUAACCAUGUCUAUGUGUUGGACUAUCUUGUUCGCCUUGGUGCAGAUAUUAAUGCAGGGGAUGGCAAGAGUGGUCGUACUGCAUUACAUUAUGCCAUUGAAGGACAGAACACAGACUUGGCAAGAUAUCUUCUGGGUACAUUUAACGCACAUGUUGAUCCAAUGACAUACAAUGGGUCAACACCUCUUCAUUUAGCCACUGGUCGAGGAUACCUAGAAGGAACUCAGUUGCUGAUUCAGUACAAUGCUGAUGCUGGACUUUAUAAUGUUGAACAAGAGACACCCUAUGACUUAGCAGCAUGUCAGCAGACUAACAUACUCUCGUUUCUAGAACCAUGCAAAUAUAAUGACUUUAAAAUCAAUGGAAAACCAGUUUCGUUUUAAUAACACUUUUCUGAAUUGUUUGUACAUACAUGUAUUAUAAAUUGUGUUCUGUAUUUUUAAUAUUUUCUUUCAUUAGAUGUGAAUGAAUAUCACUAUAUUUAUUGAUUUAAAUCACAAUUUUGGAAUAUCUUAAAUAUUCCAUAUUUAUAGUGGAAGUAGCAGAUGACUUGACACCAGGGCAAUCAAUAGAACACCAAGUUCAGCCUACUUUUUAUGGACUUAUUGUACUGUAUUGGGUUUAAUUAUUCAAGUUUAGAGAAGAGGUUUUAUAACCCAAUAUGUAGCAUUAACCAUAUAAUGUAUCAUUUCCUUCACAAUCCAAUAAAUGGAAACAGUGAUUAUCUAAGCAACAUUAAAUUCUGUAGAAUACUUUCCACUUCGAAUUUAUUUUUGCUGAAGGGAUGCUUUAGUGAAAAUAAAGCCAGUGAAUAUACUUUUUUUCCUAUAUUUCACAUUCACCUCAUCAGUGAAAAUAAAUUUCAUACAAAACACCAAAAAA